CAGAUGUCCAUCCCGGUCUUCAAAGCAUCAACAUCAACAUCAACAUCAACAUCAACAUCAAGACCAGAGCCUCACUCUACUCUCAGAUCCCGCAAUGGAAUCCCCCAAGCCCCAUGUGGCCAUCAUCGGCGCAGGCCUUGCAGGCCUCACCCUCGCUGUUGCUCUGCACCAGCAGUCCAUCCCAGUCACCGUCUACGAAUCCCGGCCUGCCCCUUUGAACAUCGGGGGUGCCGUUAUGUUGUCGCCCAAUGCUCUCCGAGUCCUUGAUGCUCUGGGGCUAUACGGCAGUGUCAAGACCAAGGGCUACAAUUUCGAGACUCUCGAAUACAGGGACGUUGCCGGGAACAUACUCGAGACGUAUGAGUUUGGUGGCGAGAACAAGUACGGCUACAGAGGACUUCGCAUCUACCGCCAUGUGCUCAUCGACGAGCUGGUUGCAGCAUUGAAGGAGAAGGAAAUCGUUGUGCGAUACGGAGUCAAGUUUUCCCACGUCAUCGAGGACGGCCCCGAACGCGUGACCUUUGCCUUUACCAAUGGAACGACCGAAUCUGCUGCCCUCCUUGUAGGCGCAGACGGCAUCCACUCGACCGUUCGUCGUCACCUCUACCCCGACCUCCAGACCAAGUUCAUCGGAAUGGCCGGCAUCACCGCCGCCGUGCCGACCUCGCAGUUGAAUCUUCCCGCUGGCUACCACCUUCCCGUCACCAUCACCUCACCGCACGGCGCCUUCGUCAUUGCCCCACAGGGAGUCGACGGCUCCGAGGUCCUGAUCGGCAAGCAGCAGCGCGUGGCGGCCCCACAAGACCUCCCCGGGUGGGAUCGGGCCUUCGUUGCGGACAAGGAGUCGGGGGUCGAGUUCCUGAAACAGGACGCCGAGCACUUCCCCGAGAUGGUGCAGAACGCCGUCUCGCACAUCAGCCCGGCCAAGGUCAACAAGUGGCCCUUCUUCGUGGUACCCAAGCUCGAGAGAUGGGUGUCGGAGACACGCCGCGUCAUCAUCCUCGGCGACGCCGCCCACGCCAUCCCGCCGUCCGCGGGGCAGGGCAUCAACCAGGCUUUCGAGGACGUGUACAUGCUGGCGCUGUUGCUGGGGCGGUCCGACGAGAUCGGCAGGCCUCAGGAGGCCCUUGGAUUUUGGCAGACAUACCGCCAGCAGAGGGUCGACGAGAUUCUCAAGCUCAACGAGCAGAUCGACCUCAGGCGGAUGCCUGCCGACGACGCGGUUACUGCGGCAAAGGGGCAAUCUGCGAGGGAGGCGUUCGAACUUGGCUGGCUUUACAAGCCGGACUUCAAGAAGGAUGUGGAUGAUUGGUUUUCUCAGCAAAGCAACUAAUUAGAGACUGAAUUUUGGGGAAAUGGGGUAGCUAUGAAAUUGCAUGGACAGGGAGCUUUUAUUCCGGCUCUCUCAGAAAUUUACGCUUUUGCUCGAAACCACGGAGUCGUGCUGCAGUCCAGUCCUCCUCCGAGAUGUAGUUAAAGGUGUCUACCACGUCUUUCCGGCGCAUAUCGCCGUCAUCUGCUGAUGGCGGCCGACGCUCCCACUUAUCGCGAUAGAUGCCACUGGUCUCGAUGGGCUCCUCUGGGUCAACACGUUGACGGUUGUUACGGUCGCCGCGGAAGGGAAGUGGGCAGGUUGGUGGCGGCGUUGCAUCAGAGACCAGGAAUUGCACAAGCUGUUGCUUCUGGUCCUCGAGGAGUCGGCAGAUACGAUAGGUCACAUUUCGCAGGUCGGGAUGAAUGUAUACA